AAAAAGUUUCCGGAAAACUAAGGAAGAGGCGGCCAAAUGUAAGCCAGCAUCCAUGGGCGUCGAGCGGCACAACACAAGCACCUGCACCGCCGCCGCGUCCUAAACCCUAACCCCGCGCGGUUCCAACCUCGAUCGGCGACCAACACAGCCACCAGAUCUCGGGCCAUGUCGAUCCUGGGCUCGAUCGCGCGGUCGUCUUCUCAGCGGGCCACGUCGAUGCUAGACUCGCUCUCGCGGUCGUCCGCGGCGGAGCUCGGGUGGGAGGCGGCGGCGAUGGCGCGGAAGCUGGCGCGGAGCUCGGGGAAGGCGGCGUGGCUCGCGGGGACGACGUUCCUGGUGCUGGGGAUCCCUCUCCUCUUCGCGAUGGAACGGGAGAUGGCGAUCAACGAGAUGGAGUACAACGAGCAGGCCGAAAUCCAGGCCCUCCUCGGCACCAGCAGACCGCCGGCAUGAGUAUAUUCUUAAUCAUCGGUGGUGGUUUUUUUUUUAUUUUCUGCCUUUGUUCGUGAGUAGUCGAUGGAUCGAUCUUGUUAGCAAAAUUGGAGGUGUUCUUCUUUGUGUGGAUGUGGUCAAUUCAUUGGUUAUGAGAUGAGGAAAUUUCAUGGGGGAAUAGUAAGAAAUCGAUUGAGGUAUGCAAGGAUAUUGUGCAAAAGCUCUGUCUUUUCGUGCUUCCUCCUCGUGAUUAUACAUUGUUGUCGAAUUUUCAACUUUUACCGAGUUUUUGGGAGCAAAUUAACCGUGAUCAAGACUUUCGUGUGGUUGGAUCGAUCUUGUUUGCAGAAAAGGAGUUCUUUUUUUAUUUGUGGUGUGAUGAAUUAUCUGGUUAUGAGAUGAGUAAAUCUCAUGGAGAAAUGCUAAGCAAUUGAUUGAGGUAUGUGCAAGGAUAUAGCACGAAGGCUCUGUCUUUUAAUGGUUCCAGCUCAUGAUCAUUGUGCAAAUUGCGACUCAUGAGCCUUGUUAGAGAAAAGGAAACCUUCUCUUUUCUUUUGUGGUUGUGGUAAAUUAUGUCUAUGAGAUGAGGAAAUCAAUGGAGAAAUACGAAUCAAUUGAUAUG